CCUGCCCAUCAUGAUCAGGCUGACUUAGUUCGCUGUUCCUCAACCCAAUCUACAGAAGGAGAAAUUAUCACUCAGACAAUAAGACUUGCAACCCAACCAUGUGCAUGAGAUAUCCUUGUAUUACAUGUGAUGAUCUGAUUGCUGCUCCCUUCUUGUUCACAAUAUAUCAAAUAGGGCGGCAAAUUUCCUGUAACUCUACUAUUUCCACGCAAAUCAUCUCGUUCUCAUCGCCACCAAAUAACCACACGCUAAAUCAAAAUCAAGGAAAAUGGCUACUAACAUAGUCAAUCAGUCCUUGAUUGAGAUUUCCAUCGCCACAUCUCCUAAUAACCUCGAGGCCGUCCCCGGCCUUCUGACGGAUCUUAAGACAGGCGUUAGUGCGCUCUCUGCCGGCAGCCGCGAGGCCCGCCACGAUAUGCUCAUCAAAGCUCGCACUCUGGUCCAGUCUUUGGAGACCCCCCGAGAGACUAUGUUGAAGCAUUGCUGGGCGCAGACUGGUGCUAUGUCUGGUCUUAUCUUCGGAGUUGACACCGGGCUGUGGAAGUUGAUGGCCGAGAAUGGUGAAAAGCCUCAGAAGGUCAGCGAUCUGGCUACGAGCCUCGCGGUCGAGCCACUGCUCUUACGCCGCAUUAUGCGCCACCUUGGUGCCAUGGGUUACAUCACAGAGACAGGAUUCGACGAGUAUAUGCCUACUAAUUAUAGUAAAGCGAUGAGCAUUCCCAUUAUUAGCGAUGGAUAUAUUGCAAUGAUAUCUGGCACCAGCGCUGGGCCAAUCAAGUUUCACGAAUUUGCGCGUAAACGCAGCUUCAGAAACCCUACUGAUGCAAAGGAUACAGGCUUAAUGUAUGCCUAUAACACGGAUAAGGACUUUUUUGAGUGGCAGCGGUCUCUCGGUUAUGACCAGUAUUUUAACCAUCACAUGGGAGGAUAUCGUCAGGGGCGUCCACCGUGGAUGGCACCUGGGUUCUACCCGGUACAAGAGAGACUCAUUGCUGGCGCCGAUACCCAUUCGGAUGCGCCAUUUCUUGUGGAUAUUGCGGGCAAUCUUGGCCAUGACCUUAUGGAAUUUCACCGCUAUCACCCUGAUGCGCCGGGUCGAUUAAUCCUGCAGGACUUGGCCGUUGUCAUUAGUAAGAUUGAGGAUUUAAGUCCUGCCAUUACUCCCAUGGCCUAUGAUUUCUACACAGAACAACCCGUCAAAAAUGCCCGCGCAUACUAUAUGCAUACUACUCUGCAUGACUGGCCUGAUGAACCUUGUGUGAGAAUCCUCUCCCGAGUCACUGAAGCUAUGAAGCCGGGUUACAGUAGACUUUUAAUCAACGAGAAUGUUAUGCCUCCAUUUGGCGCUCACUGGGAGACAACUGCAAUGGAUAUGCAGAUGCUUAGUCUCCUCAGUACGAUGGAGCGCACUAGGGCCGACUGGUACCACCUGUUAGAAGAUUUAGCCGGAUUGAAGAUAGUGCAAAUUUGGAGCGGCGGCAGUGGUGUUGAGAGCCUGAUUGAGUGUGAGCUACCCUAUUACGAUCGUGACUAAGUGCAAGGAAGGAUCAGGUGUUCUCGUUUCUUUACUGACCAGAGUGAUAAUUCCUUUGCUAUUCUUUCAGGCUCAAGCUGAGAUAGUAUUAUACUGCCUUCAUCGCCCAAGUCGGAAAGAGCAAGUCCGCUGGUGUGUUCACCAAUGGUGCAAUGUAUAGGCGUCAACUAACUGGCCAUGAGAGUAAAAGUCUCGCUGGUGGUUGUCUCUGAUAAAACCAAAGAAUAAUCUUGGUAGGUGGGCGAUUACGGAGGGCAAUGGACUCACCAUAUGCCGUUUACCUGUUCAUAGUGGCCUCCUCUAGCAUAAUAUUGCCUCUGUGGGAUCCUUAAAUUGCCAAGGGCUGUGGGAAUUACCUGGCAUAAGUAAUGACGGAUUAAUAGUAACUAUGAUUUAUU